UAAUUUCAAUGCUUUGAAGAACUUCACAUUUCAAAAAGGUGAUACAGAGCUCACGCAAAUCGUCCAACAACUGCAAGCACAAAAUUCGUCAAAAGUGCUGGGUAACGAUACUUCUGAAGAAGUAUCUGAAACCAGCAACACAGACGACACCGAGUGGAGCCAAGAAGACUUCCAGGACCCAGAAGAACUUGAUUCGAGAUAUCAAAGUGGAGAGGAAAUGUCAGUGUUUUUAGCAAAAGAGGACGUGCAGAUUCUUACUUUGCUGGGACAUCAGUUUAGUGAUAUGGUCAUGUCUUGCACAUUUAGAGGAAUGUCAUGCAGAAACUACACAACAUGGAACUGGACAUCAUUCUGGCAUUACAAGUACGGAAACUGUUUUGUGUUUAACGGUGGACAAGUUAAUGGAGUCCCAGUGGACAUUUUGAGAUCGAACAAUCCAGGGCCUUCUGAAGGUCUCAAUCUUGAAAUUAAUAUUGAUCAAGAAGAAUACAUCGGCCAACUGACUCCACAGGCAGGAAUAAGAGUGGAUAUCUCCAAAGCGGGGGAAAUGCCAUUUCCUUUGGAAAAAGGAGUGAGUUUGGCGCCAGGGUAUGCUACGAUGCUUGGACUCAGAAAGAUAAUCAAAGAAAGAAAAGACCCUUUCAACACGAAGCGUUGCCUGAAUUCAUUUGAUCGUGAUGACCAUAACUUUUACACUCGCUUUUUUAACGUAUCCUACUCGUCCACGGCUUGUAAGGAAUCAUGUUUAGCAUACAACCAAUUCGAUAAAUGUGGUUGUGUGGAAUACAGAUUUCCAGCAGAGGGACUAUUUAACAUUUGCAGCGUUACGAACAUUAAAACACUGAAGUGCCUGAGCGAGGUUCAAAACCUCUAUAAAAACAACAAAUUGAAUUGCACCCAGUCGUGUCCACCUCCAUGCAGACUGGAAGAGUUCAAAAUAAGUUCUUCAUUCGCUACCUGGCCUUCACAGAACUAUGAGAAAUAUUAUCAAGACAUAGUGAUUGAAAAUUACAAGAAACUACUCAUCACCAAAUCUGGGUCCCACAGAAAGAAUGUUUUGAAACUACAAGUUUUCUUCGAAGAUCUUGACGUGGAGGUCGUUUCAGAGCAGCGCUCAUAUGAACUUGUCAACUUUGUGUCGGACAUUGGUGGUCAACUUGGCCUAUGGAUUGGGUUCUCUGUGCUAACUCUGGCUGAGUUCUUAGAGCUUCUAAUACUACUGUGUCAUCUGGCCGUCAAGAAAUGUUUCAAGAGGAAUGAAACGUCUGAAAGUUAUCGUCCGAGUUAAGGCUAAGUGGGUAAUGAAAGUCGAAGGAUUUGAUCAAAUGUCGAAUUGCAUAUAUUGAACAUCUCUCGAUCAGUUUCCUCAAUUUCAUCGCUAAUGUUUGCGUCGCGUUAUACAUGCACUGCCAAAACUUCUGGAGCAAUUUAAGCUAAAACGUUGCCUUUAGAUGAGCCAUGUUAUGAUUUAAGGCUAUAUUCUUAAUUUAGCGCAUUGUAGGUCGUGCUGAGCUAAACUUAAACGCCCUUACUCAUCAUCUUAAAGUGUACCAUUCAUAGCCUCUUAAAUUUCAAUCAACUUUAGUGAUAUGAUAUUUAAUUGACAAAACUGAAGCGACAAGCUUAAGUAAAAUAGCGUAGCUUCCUCCUGGCUAUUUAUGUUUAAAAAGACUUAGGUAAGGACCCCAUUUGUGGUUGUUUAUUUCAGCAAGGAGACUAGCUAUUUGCAGAAAGACAGGGGCGGGACAAUUCAUGUUCUGCGCGAACUUUCAUGAGUGAGCAUUCAGUUGAAGUGAUGAGAUAUUGGCUUUUCAAAAAGGGUCUUAUCCAUGAAUGGAAUUUGUUAAUUUAUGUUUCCCAUGCCUAAAUAAUCAAGAAUCUAUAGGGGAUGCCUAUUUACAUCAUCAACCCACAGAGAAAGUAAUUUUUGGCGAUAUAGAAACUGGACUUAAUUUGUUCUCUACAUGAAAGCCCUAUUCCAUCCAACUUCGACCCGUUUCCUUUUGUCGUUCUUUUAUGGCACGUAAUUAGCUGGUAAAAUAACAGCCAACAUAGAUGUAUUUAUUACUUAUUCAGAAGAGUUUCAUUUUUAAAAGUUUUAUUCCAGAUAGAAAUAAUUUUACGACAAACAGUAAUCGCAGUGCAUUUCUCAUAGCAUCGGCCGAGAAUUCAUUUGCGGUACAUAUUACUUCUCGCGUCGCGUGUCACUUCUGUUGACGAGCAAUUUGAUGUUGAUCACCUCAGAGACGGCGGAUUAAAUUGAUUACUUUUCAAAUUCAGCAUAUAUCUUACGGAGUCUGUCAGCAUUUCCUGAACACCGUCCUCAAAUCAAUGACUCCAUCGUCAUUAAUGAGUCAUCGACAAGCUAAAUAUUGAAUGUAGUAGGUAAAACGCUCGUCUUGUUCAGUUUCUGAAUUUUACGAUUAACACGAGGUUAUUAGCAGUUGCCAGUCGUUUUGGAUGAGCAAUAAUCAGCUGUGUUUCCUAAGGUAACGGAGAACUCACAUUUAACUGAGGUAAGAUGUGCUGAAUAAGCAAAUUAGUCACUUGUAAUUGUUAGGUAUUUCUUUGCAAGUUAAUUUCCUUUCAUUUGAAUUGGUGGCUUUUGAGAUUUUGACUAAUGAACCUUUUCUGUAAACAAUAAUCUCUAUCAACGUUAUCUUCUGCUUUGAAAUUGUAUAAAUUCUGUUUUUCAAUGUCGUCAUGUUUCGCAGAUCUCGCUAUGCGUAAGCCCUCUAGAAAGUUAAGAGAGAAACGUAUUAUGUAUGUUUUAAAAUACGAGUCGCACUUCACUUUUCCGCCAAACCUACGAGUAGGAGACUUGUGGCAUUUGCUGUAGAAUAAAUUCUGGUAUUCAUAAGAAACAAGUACGAUAUGAUAAAAGUUCAGUCGAGAGCCAUGUCGAGUAAAAGAAAAUAAAACUAAAGCCAUAAAAAUAGACUUUUUUACCCACUUGUAAUUUUAUUUUCCAUGUACUCGAAACAGUAUUUUCUCUUGGUUAUUUCAAUAUCAGUUGAAGGAAAGUCUCCUAAUGAGCAAGGCUAAUGUUCUGAAAGAGGAACAUGCUUCAACGAUAAUUUUUAAUUAUUACUUCGAGAAUGUUUUUUAUUCUUAAUUGCGGCUAAUCUUGUUAAAUUAAUAUCCACCAACUUUUGCCAUGCAGAAUUAUUUAGAUGGAAUAUUAAAUU